GGAGGGAGCGAGGGACGGAGCGCGGCGCGAGCUGCCUCAGAUGCCUGGAAUAAUUCCGCUUCCGUUUGGAAGCCGCAGCCCCAGUCGGCGCGUCCGCCCAGCUCCGGCUCCGGCUCCGGCUCCGCGUCCCGCUCGGCCUGCGCCCCCCGCGCGCCAUGGCCACCUCCCCGCAGAAGUCGCCGUCGGCCCCCAAGUCCCCGACCCCCAAGUCGCCCCCGUCCCGUAAGAAAGAUGACUCUUUCUUGGGCAAACUCGGAGGGACCCUGGCCCGGAGGAAGAAGGCCAAGGAAGUCUCAGAACUUCAGGAGGAGGGCAUGAAUGCCAUCAACCUGCCACUCAGCCCCAUCCCCUUCGAGCUGGACCCGGAGGACACCAUGCUGGAGGAGAAUGAAGUGCGGACGAUGGUGGAUCCAAACUCACGCAGUGACCCCAAACUCCAAGAACUGAUGAAGGUAUUAAUUGACUGGAUUAAUGAUGUGCUGGUUGGAGAAAGAAUCAUUGUGAAAGACCUGGCUGAAGAUUUAUACGAUGGACAAGUCCUGCAGAAGCUCUUCGAGAAACUUGAGAGUGAGAAGCUUAAUGUCGCGGAGGUCACCCAGUCAGAGAUUGCUCAGAAGCAAAAACUGCAGACUGUCCUGGAGAAAAUCAAUGAAACCCUGAAACUUCCUCCCAGGAGCAUCAAGUGGAACGUGGACUCUGUUCAUGCCAAGAGCCUGGUAGCCAUCUUACAUCUGCUGGUUGCUCUGUCUCAGUAUUUCCGGGCACCAAUCCGACUCCCAGACCAUGUUUCCAUCCAAGUGGUUGUGGUCCAGAAACGAGAAGGAAUCCUCCAGUCUCGGCAAAUCCAAGAGGAAAUAACUGGUAACACAGAGGCACUUUCCGGAAGGCAUGAACGUGACGCCUUCGACACCUUGUUUGACCAUGCACCAGACAAACUCAAUGUGGUGAAAAAGACGCUCAUCACAUUCGUGAACAAGCACCUGAAUAAACUGAACCUGGAGGUCACGGAACUGGAAACCCAGUUUGCAGAUGGCGUGUACCUAGUGCUGCUCAUGGGGCUCCUGGAGGGCUACUUUGUGCCCCUACACAGCUUCUUCCUGACUCCAGACAGCUUUGAACAGAAGGUCUUGAACGUCUCCUUUGCUUUUGAGCUCAUGCAAGAUGGAGGACUGGAAAAGCCAAAACCACGGCCAGAAGACAUCGUCAACUGUGACCUGAAGUCCACGUUGCGAGUGCUGUACAACCUCUUCACCAAGUACCGGAAUGUGGAGUGAGGGCCUGGGCUCCCGCUGCAGGCAGACUGGACCAGCCCCCAAGUCGCCUGUCCUUGCUUGUCCUGCUCUGUGCUCUCCCACAAGCCCAGUGUUUGCAACCCAGAGAUAGUGGGGAUUGGAAUGGAAAUCAGAAAGGAAGCGACCAAUAAGUCUCUGGGCUGACCCUACCUCCCAGGCCCCAGGAACUAACCCAGCAAUGACCCACGAAAGCUGUCCUUGUGCAGGUGCCGGGCCCCAGGUUCCCUCCGUGGGCCUUGGAAAUAGGUUCAGGCCAAGUGAGUCCCCAGAAGAUGAGAAUAAUAAAGACCAUAGUUAGCAUUCAUGGGCAUAAACUGUGUGAGCCACCACAUCUAAGUGCCCUGCUGGAGUCAAUUUCCUUAACCCUCACGGCUCUGUGAAAGUUGGUAUUCUAAUCCCCUCCGACAGAUGAGGAAACUGAGCUUCGUAGGCUGAGCUGCUUGCCAGGAGUUGGCAUUUGUUUGUUCUCUUUGCACAACCUAUUUGUUAGUAACUGGUCAGUCACACACAGCACAUGCUCCACGCCUGCGCACACCUGCAUCUUCAUAGAAGACCGGAGCCACUGAUCUCACUGAGGGCAGGGCAGGUCAGGGCUGGGUGAUUCACACUGAAAUUGGCAAAUUGAAUUUAACCCAAUUAAUAGUGGGUGUGUGGCAGGAGUCAUGUCCCUCUAAUCCUUUGUACAAAUGAAAAUUACUCUUAAUUCCUUCAGAUUUGUAAUAACCCCAUACUCUGGUUUCACAGUGACAUUUGGGAAAGAUUCUCUUUAGAAUUAAUGUGGUGGCACAUUCUACAGCCUUUUUGCUUGAUUGCAUGUAAUGGAAAUGCCCUAUAUUUUCCUGCAAAAUAAGUACUCAAUUCAUUAUCGUUAGGCAAAGUACAGUGUACUGGGGCACCACAGAGAGCUGGGCACAGGCUCAUAUGAGCAUCGCUUGGGAAGUAGGGCUCUUCAGUGGAGACCCCUGAACUUUAAAGAAAGGAACUCCUCUAGAUCAGUCUGGCUAAAUUACCAGCUAAUUCAGGCAAGGAAAAACAUAAGUCAUUUAGACCAAAGCUGAGCAGUUCCUCUGCGUGGGUGACUGACUUGAGAUUGACUUGUGGUUACUCGAAUCUCCAAUAUGUGAACCCUCCUUAUACCAGGCUGCUGCUUGGUCCAGUAGGACGAGGGAAGGGGCUGAAUGAGGGUAGAGAGGCGGCACCUAGGGGAACAAGAAGCAGGGGGAAAUAUUCGGACGUUUAACGUGUAGAGGAAUAGCCUCAGAUGAGAGAAGUGCAGCUUAUGGUACUUAAUGCUUGAGUCCUAAAAUUGACCAAGGCCUUGGGAUAAAUAAUUGUUGGUGCUGACAGUCUAUCUUCAUUCCAGAAUUUUUAUAAAUAUACCAAUUACGCACAGCCUGCGCAGCCACCUCCAGAAUGGUGUGACUGCCUUCUCACUCAGCUCAUCUCUGCUUUGAGGAAUUUCUGCACCACCCAAGUGAGGCCUCCACUUGUCCAAAACAUUCCUUUUAGCUGUCUCACCAAUCCCCCCCAUCCAUAGCAGCUAUCCGCAGUAACUCCAAAGCCAGAGAUUUCAAUUCCAAUAUUUCUUUGGGUAUUUUUGCUCUAAGAAAGAAUUGUUACUCAGCAUAACGAACAUUUAUGAUACAAAGACAGUGUACCAUCUUGUGUCCAUUUAUGUACAAGAAUGUAAUUCUUUUCUACUUAGAUGUCAUGUUUAUCUCUGGUAAAUACCGAAUAUUAGUAUAAUGUUUCUUGUUGCUCUUUUAAAUGUCUGGUAGCAAAUCAAGAUUAAAAAAAUUGCUUGAGCCAUACAAAGUGGGAUGAAAUAUGAGAAAUACAUUCAGUCAAACACGCUUUGCUGUAUAAA